GAGGAUAGGACACAACUAACGUGAUGUACACUCUCAUGAACGCUGUUGUGAACCAUAGAUGGCGGGCGAUCGGGUAAGGCUGAACAGAAUCAUCGGCCUUGCAUCAUCCUGUGUUGCUGAACUGGUUGCAGCAACAUGGCGAUCGAAACAUCAGACGACGGGACGGUCUCAAGCUUGGACAUCAAGGCUGCUUCAUCGUCUCGCGUGAAGCUCUCAGAUCCCACAGGAAAAAGCAAGGCCGCCGAUCAGGAUGACAGCAACUGGAAAAGCAAUGCAUCCUUCAAGGGAUUCGCGGCUGGAACGGUCUCCGGGUUGACGAAGCUGGCUGUCGGGCAUCCUUUCGACACGAUCAAAAUCCGGAUGCAGGUCAGUCCGUACGGGACUUUCAAAGGACCAGGAGAUGCACUCAUGCAGUUGAUCCGAAAAGAGAGAAUAUUUGGGCUAUAUAAGGGCGCAACACCUCCUGCAGUGGGCUGGGCUUUCACAGACAGCGUACUGCUUGGCUCGCUGCACAACUACCGCUUGAUGUUCUCGCGGCUUACCGGCACCGGAGAAGGCACAGGAAAGCCAUUGCCGACCUAUUUUCAUGCCAUCUCCGGCCUCUUUGCAGGCUGGACCAAUUCGCUCUUCACCACACCCAUGGAGUUGAUCAAAUCUAAGCUACAAAUGCAGCACCAAAAGGUCCGAUUCCACAUACCAGGUCGAACAGCGGGCGGCGCGGCGGCACGUGAAUUCUCAGGUCCAAUCAACUGCGUCAGCCAAAUCGUCCAGCACUCUGGUGUCCGAGGCAUGUGGCACGGCCUGCCCGCCAAUUUGCUCUUCCGCAGCAACUUUGCCAUAAUGUUUGGCUGCUACGACUGGAUCCACGUGCAACUCUCGUCUUUGCGGGGCACGCGCUUCGAGAUGUCCGACGCGAUGCGCACCUUCUUAGCAGGCGGCCUGGCAGCCGAGCUGUACUGGCUCGUUGCCUUCCCUUCCGACGUGGUCAAGAACCGCAUCAUGGCAGACAGCCUGCGAGAUCCGCAGCACGCGACUAUCCGCUCGGCUUUCCGCAGCGUGUGGAACCACGACGGUCCGAACGCAAGCGUGAUGCGGAGGGUGCGCACGCUCUAUACGGGCUUUUUGCCGUGCAUCCUCAGGGCGUUCCCGACCAACGCCGCAGCGCUCACGGCGUUUGAAUGGACGAUGCGUCUUAUGGAGGCGGAAAAUACAGCUAAUCAUUGAUGCCAGCAAGUCGGCGCUUGCACACAUGCCUUCACGGAUGAACACCUCUGGGGUUUCCAAGUUAGACGACUCUUUUACCAUUCAUGACGCGU